GGGGGCCGGGGGCGCGCAUUAAGGAUGUUUGUUUUGCCUGUUUUGCAGAGUUUCAAUGUUCUGACUUGCUCUAAGAUGAAGGUAUGGAAGUUUGCAGCCAUUGCAUCGAUGCUCCUCAGUUCCAUGUUAUCCAUUUUAGUUUGUAGAGACAUGUUCAGCGGAAGCCGGGAAUUCAGCCCCUUGCCUUCCUCGCCGUCUUCCUCACGGGAUUCCUCCUCCUCCUCCUUUUCUUCCUCCUCCUCCUCCUCCUCCUCCUCCUUGCUGCCAGCGGCUCCACGGAGAUCCCCACGGGCCCUGCCACGCCACGGCUCCCUGCUGGCCCAGUACAGCGCCUUGCUGGAGAGCUACACGGAGGGCGAGAUCCGGCAGCUGGUGUCGGCACUGGUGGAGCGCUACCGCCAGGCCAUGAACUCGGGCGGGCACGAGCUGCCGCUGUUCCCUCGCUCCGGCAGCCGCAGGAAACGCGCCCGCGCCCGCCAUAAACCCUGCGAGCUGCGCGAGCUGGAGGUCAGCGUCAGCGAGCUGGGCCUGGGCUACGAGUCGGACGAGACGGUUCUGUUCCGCUACUGCAGCGGCACCUGCGAGGCCGCCGUGCGCAGCUACGACCUCUCCCUCAAGAGCAUGAGGAGCCGCAGAAAGAUCCGGAAGGAGAAGAUCCGCGCCCGGCCGUGCUGCAGGCCGCUGGCCUACGACGACGACGUGUCCUUCCUGGACGCCUACAACCGCUACUACACCGUCAACGAGCUGUCGGCCAAGGAGUGCGGCUGCGUGUGA